AUGACUGCUGAGGUUUCGGCGGGUGUCAAUGGGUCCUUAGGUUGCAUCAGACGGCGUCGAAUUGCUGCCUGGGGUCGGUUGGCUAUGCCUACUCUGGCAGGUUGUAACAAUCGAGGGACCGCCUCGGAGACCCCUUUGACGUAGGGAAUAGCCCUCCGAACUCCAGGUUGCUGCUCGUUUAGCCGUCGCCUGCAAAGCCUAAAAGCAAACAAGGACAUAAUUAUUCUGCCAGCUGACAAGGGACGUUCAAAAGUUGUGCUGGACAAAUCGGAUUACCAGAACAAGGUACAGGACUUAGGCGAAGACCAGCAUUCCUACAAACAAUGCCGUGCCAGCGAAAUGAAAAAAUCUAAUCACUCGGAUAAACAAAAGUCUAAGAAAUGUCAGGGUCACGGGGCGACUACGUCCAACGACUGGUUCUCCAUGAAACCCACUGACACCGCCACGGCUCGUUUUUACGGUCUAUCGAAGGCAUACAGGUCAAAUGUCCCACUCAGGCCGAUCGUAUCCCUUCGCGGCACUCUGACGUACGGUUUGGCAAAUUGGGUGUUCGCUCGUCUUAAGUUUUUGGCCGAAGGCUCACCAACAGCAGUAGCAUCUGCAAACCAAUUCCUCCAGCCUAUAAAACAUCUGAAGUUAGAGCCAGACGAAUCCAUGGUAUCCUUUGAUGUCUUUUCGCUCUUCACCGUACUUCCUUCCCCCCAGCUGGGCCCGAUGUCGAAACAAAUUCAAGAAGACCGGAGGUGAGAGGGAGAGAGAGAGAUAGGGCACAAGUGGAUGAUACAGAAAAUGAAUCCGCACCUAGGCGUACCACCACGCUCCCUGGUUAACAAAUAUACACUGACCAGGAUUUAUUACCCCAAGAAAAGUAUGGGGAGACUGCUUGCAACCUAAAAUGUCACGGAAAGGACCUUCAACUGGACCUGUUGCAACAACACUGAUCCACAAUGCACACUGCCCAGGAUUUAGACUCAAACGAAAAACAAGAGGAUCGGCCGGCGUAGCCAGGGCCGCUCCUAGGCGUGCCAACAUACCCUACUCGGAUCCCACGGAGUGGGAAUGCCAUAGAGGUCAUAUUAGGAAGAACCCAUUGCAGCCUGACUCUCAGUCCAGCAGUCUGCCACUCCACCCAAACACACUGGGCCGACUGGGAGGUCUAAGUUAUCCAUAAGCUUUCCAAGUCAGGUCAGAAAGAGAAGGAUGACCGAAGUCACUGGGUAACCAUGCGCACGGCCUGCAUACCCACCGGGGCGCCAAUGCGUCCACCGGCAGGGAUUCAGGCCUUAGAGAAUUGCCAUCGCACACCAGGUUGCGAGGGCCAUGGUUGCUGAAGCAUGACAAAUCAGACGCACAUGAUCUGUAAUGUUUUCAAGGGUGAGACAGACAGCCCCGCAUUUAGCCUAGACCACCACCCUUCAAAGGCCGGGUAACCACUCAGUCAUCGACUGAGAGGCACUACCCAUAUAACCUAUAUAUUGAAAUACUUUAAGGCGGGCCGUUCGCGUCACACUGAAGAAUUGCAUUGGGAAUGGGGUGCCCUCGUCGGCUAGAGCUCUUCAGGUUGCCCCUUGUGCAAGUCCGUAUUACAUGAGCCUACGCCUAUCCAGGAGGAUUAGUGAUCACCCCCCAACGUGACUGAAAAAAGGACGACAUUAGAAGGGAAAGCAGCACUACUCUCGCAUAAGUGGUUGUUUCAGGCCAUCUUGUGUACCCCACUAAAGCCUUCCGAGUGUCGAUAGAAACGAAAAGGCGAGUUACAUGAUAAAGUUUAGAAGAAGAAGAAGAAGAAGAAGAAGAUGAUGAUGAUGAUGAUGAUGAUGAUGAUGACGAUGAUGAUGAUGAUGAUGAUGAUGAUGAUGAUGAUGAUGAUGAUGAUGAUGAUGAUGAUGAUGAUGAUGAUGAUGAUGAUGAUGAUGAUGAUGAUGAUGAUGAUGAUGAUGAUGAUGAUGAUGAUGAUGAUGAUGAUGAUGAUGAUGAUGAUGAUGCGAUCGUUAGAACAAGAGGUUUAUUAGUCUGACGUCUCGGAUUCUCGCUCGAAUUCAUCAUCAGAGACCAUUGCAGGUAAAGGUAGUGGAGGCACAAAGAAUACAGUAUUUAUGGGAAACAGUCACCACGCGACCACAUAUCGCAUGCUAUUGGCGGCUACACCAUUCAUUGCUAGGUGUCGUAAUUGAUUUAACAGUCGCUUUUUAGUCCGCACUUCUGCCGUUAUUUGUCGAAACGCAAUCAUUGUUGUGGAUUCUUGGCGUGAUAAUGACUCGGCAAUUUAGUCUGCUGUUACUGGAAUUGUUAAUCCCCCCGCCCUCUCCGCGCUGGAUCUGAUGCAGCUGUGGAGAAAGCAACUGUGUCGAAGAAACUGGAAAAUUACUCUAGGCGCGAAUACCAGAACAUGCAGCAGCAGCAGCAGCAGUUAGGAGAAAUGACGCCAGCUCUCAAGUGGCGGCUUUCGGUACCCGGUCACACUUUCAAGUUUUAAGAGGCCGAUAUUCUCCAAGGGGUGAUGGUCGUGUGAGCCGCGAGCUGCUUGGGUCAGGCUUUCCGGGGUCCCAGUCGAUUAACAAGUGCAAUGAUCCCCCCGGCCCUAUAGUAUGUGCAAAUACUUUACCUGGACAUUAGAAUGAGUCACGCGGGGAGGGCGCGGAAGAUCGACAAUUCCGGUGACAUUGAGCCAGAUGACCGAGUAAUUAUCACGUCAAGGACCCACAACGAUGUUUACAUUUCGGCAGCUAACGACUCGGGUGCGGACUAAUAACGUCAGGAUCGACCGCAGUCAGGCUAGGAAGGCCGGUCAUGUUCGUACAGGAGUACUGCGCACUGGUCCCGUAUCUACCAUAGCCCAAGGUCACCUAACCUGUUAACGCCAUCCACCCUCCCCCUUCUAGCACGGCUUUUCACAAUCCUCGUCCCUAUUCAUCAUAAUGGCAGUGACUUGACUACAUCGAUAGUGACUGCCUCUAAUUACCCCUUAAUACUCCCCAGGUGCCAUUAGUAUGAAACGAGCAUUACUCCAUUUCUCUUAUAAUCCACAGGUUCUAAUUGAGCCCGUUACCAUAUUAAUAUGCCAGUGGGAUAACGAUUCAUCGAAAUCAGACGUCUGCUCACCAAUAUCCUUUUGAAAUUUGCUAUGCUAACACGCUAGUGAAUCAUUGCAUAUUCGGCAACUGCCGAAUACCGCCAAACGUCCGUCCAGAUCUACUGCAUUUCUCAAAUCACUUAUACAGUAAAUGUGGUCGAAAAGGUUAGAAAGCGUGUACUAUGCCAGUAGCAGCAAACCAUGGCCCUCGCAGCCUGGUAUGCGCUGGCAGUUCCUUGACACCUGGUUCUUUGCCGGUAGAUGCGCUUGCGCUCCCGCUGGGUAUGGGCAUGGCUACCCAGUCAUCAUCCUUGUCCUUCUGACCCCUGUUGGGUGUUGUCGUUGGCGAAAAAUCCCGGUCAUUUGCUAAGUGGACGAAGGGGUGUGGUGGCAAGUCUAGGUGCGGCUCCGGCCGUGCCAAUCACAUGCGCCCGCCCCCGUCUCCGGUCUUCUUGACUCUGUCCUGACACCGGCUCCAGGUGGGGAGUGGGAAGGAGAGAGUGCGGUAGAUGCAGUGCAAGUUUACUGCCCCUUUAAACUGAUUCACGCGCAAGUCACCGUGCCCGCUGAACCUUGUUGUGUAGCACACAGUGGACAUCGUCGGAAUCGACAGUCGAACUGUCGCAGUGAAUGUGCUAUCUCAUGAAAUGUUAACCGAAAUCCGGAAAUGUGUUCUCGAUACAAAAAUUUUAUUUAAGCAGGGUUGUGGCAUUGAUGAUCGUGCGACAGGAUCCUGAAAUAUUUCAGGCAUUUGAACGGGCCCUUUCCGGUCAUCUGCAAGAAUUACACUCCGUAAAAAUGACUACUUAAUUUUUGUGAGUUUUCCUCAUUAAUGUUCGAUGUCCUUAUAGGUUAAGAUGCAGUUUAUAGAAGACAAGCACAACAUAUUCGUUCUCCUCCUCAUUUAGCAGCAAACUACGUCUUCUAUAAAUUCUAUAAACGAGGAAAGAGUACCUUCCGCAAACUCGCCCUCCGCUUCCGAGAUCUCCAAGAAGUUAGUGCAUCGUUUUCUACUUACGGAAGUUAAAACUUCAAUUUUUGUCCAUAAAUUCAGCAGUAGUUUAGUGCCGAAUCUCUCCGUGCGCCUGAUUUGUCUCUUGGCCUCUUAGGGUAGCAGGACGUGGUGACCUACGGACAAAAUCUUGAAACAUUUAAGUUCUCCUUUAGCCAUUUUACCCCGAACCUUUAAGAUCGUUAAUGGCAUUGUCAAGCUGUGGGGCGGUGUCUCGUGAGAACAAUCGAUUUCUCGAGGUCUGACGGAAGUGAGACCGUCGUCUCGGGAGCUGAGUUCCCUUCCUCUCCCCCCCCCUCUCCGCCUCCCAUCUCGUUUUCUCAGUUUUAGAACGAAAACACACCUGGGUGCGGUUUGUCUUGCGAAGAAGCAUGUUCCACCGCGAAGCAUGUCUUCAUCCUCCACUCCCCUCCCCCCCCUCCUCCUCCUCCUCCUCCUCCAUCUUCGAGGUAUGA